UUUUCACUUCACUUUAUACAUACAUACACAGUGUAUAAACAGUGGUAGCAAGAAGAAACAAAAAAUGGAGACUGUUCUUAUACCACUCACUGACUACUCCAAAGGAAUGUAUGAAUGAAUGAAUAAGUUAAAUAAAAAAGGUUAGUCCUUUUUUGCGUGUAGUAGAUAGAUUCUUACAGUUACAAACCCUUUUUUCUAUAUAAACUACCAAUUAAAUCUAUCCAUAAAUUUCCACUCUAGUUUUUUUGAAUUUUGGAAACUGGGUUUUGAAGGUAUCUCUCUACAAAUUAAUUAUUAAUAAUAGAAUUUGGAGUAAGAAUGAGAAUUCAACAAAGGGUUUGAAGGAUUUGCGAAGAAAUUUGUUAUAAAGACAUAAAGGUUGGAUUUUUGCUUUUGAAAACUCGAGAUUUGGGGUGUGAAGAAAAACCAAAAAAGAAGAAUGUCGACUCACUCUAAGAAGAGCGGGGAAAAGAAAGAUGAAGUUGGAAAGCAGCAACAAAGAAGAGAUCCUUAUGAAGUUCUUGGUAUCUCUAGAAACUCUACAGAUCAAGAAAUUAAAUCCGCUUACCGAAAAAUGGCUCUCAAGUAUCAUCCAGACAAAAAUGCUAAUGAUCCUAAAGCAGCCGAUACUUUUAAGGAGGUUACGUUUUCCUAUAACAUUCUAUCUGAUCCAGACAAAAGGCGGCAGUAUGAUUCUGCUGGUUUUGAAGCCGUGGAAUCAGAAAGUCAAGAAUUGGAGGUCGAUCUUUCAAGUUUAGGAGCUGUUAACACCAUGUUUGCAGCACUUUUCAGUAAGCUUGGAGUUCCUAUCAAGACUACUGUUUCUGCAACUAUCCUUGAAGAGGCACUGAAUGGUGAGGUUACAGUUCGUCCACUUGAGCUGGGGCAACUUUUCAACAAGAAGGUAGAAAAACAAUGUGCACACUUCUAUUCUGUAACGAUUACAGAAUGGGAAGCACAAGCUGGGUUAGUUUGUAGAGUGCAAUCACCAGAUAAAAGCAAAUUCAAGGUUUGUGCUAAGUGUAGAUCUUGUCUUGUUGGAGAACUUCUUGUAAGGUGCUCCAGAAUUUUUUUGUCUUCCUGCUGCAGUUUGGUUUUCAGGCCAGCUAGCUUGUAUUUUGAUUUCUUUACAGUAUAUGCUGUAAUAAUCCCUUUGACUGGUUUUAUGCAGCUGUUGUACUUUGAGCAGGAAGAGAAUGGUGGAUUGAGCCUUGUACUUCAGGAGGACAGUGCGAAAACAGGAAAAGUUACAUCUGCAGGGAUGUAUUUUCUUGGCUUCCCUGUGUACAGAUUAGAACAAACUGCGAGCUCCGUGGGAUCUGCAAAAGAUCCUGACGCCACCUUUUUCAGAAAAUUGGAUGGAUUUCAGCCAUGUGAAUUAACUGAGCUAAAAGCAGGCACCCAUGUAUUUGCUGUUUACGGCGACAACUUUUUCAAAAGUGCUAGCUAUACAAUAGAAGUUGUUUGUGCUGCACCAUUUUCAGAAGAAAAAGGACAACUUAGGGAUGUGGAAACUCAAAUCUUAAGUAAGAGGGUGGAACUCUCAAAGUUUGAGAAAGAGUACCGAGAGGUCUUGGCUCAAUUCACCGAGAUGACAAGUAGAUAUGCACAAGAAAUGCAGUCUAUAGAUGAGCUUCUCAAGCAAAGGAAUGCAAUUCAUGCUUCAUAUACAAAUGGUCCAGCCCUAAAACGGAGCUCAAGUAGUAGAAAGAUGAGGCAUUCCUUCAAGGAUUCCUUCAAGAGUGCAAAAGAGGAGGAAAGAGAAGAGGACGAGGAAGAAGAGAAAGAAGAAGAGGAAGACGAAGAAGACACUCCAUCUAGAGAGAAGAAACCUAGCAUGACAAAGGAUAGGAUUAAGAAAAAGAAAUGGUAUAAUAUCAACAUCAAGCUGGAUAAGAGGAAACCUUGCUAAAAAUUUACGCCGCUCAGAUGCCACCAUCAUUUGUUUUCCAUCUGUUCCCUUUCUCUUUAACUUAGAGACGAAGAACGAAGAUGUUAAUGGAUGGAUAGCUCCUAUUUUUGUAACUCUAGCACUGCAAAGACAACACCUUGCUGUCAUUCUUUUUCCUCCUGUUUCAGUUCUUGUUAAUUUUUCCAAAGAAUCAAAUGAAAAACAGUAUGAUUUUAUUUAGUGAAAACUAAUAUUUUGUUCCA